GGAUGCAGGUGGAAAGCGUGACAGUGGGGCCUGCGCAGCGGCCAGGCCUGUGGCCCCUCCCCGUGUUUGCAGAUGAUGGCAGAGCCGAUAGCACUCUGGGGCCUCCAGCCUCCUCCGAGGAGAGUAUAAAGUCGAGUGAGGGCACACCUUCUCUGCCAGCCCGGACACCAAGACAUGGCGGCUCUGCAGGAGAAAAAGACCUGCAGCCAGAGGAUGGAGGAGUUCCGGCACUACUGCUGGAACCCUGACACGGGGCAGAUGCUGGGCCGCACCCCGGCGCGCUGGGUGUGGAUCAGCCUCUACUAUGUGGCUUUCUAUGUGGUGAUGACCGGACUCUUCGCACUGUGCAUCUACGUGCUGAUGCAGACCAUCGACCCAUACACGCCUGACUACCAGGACCAGCUCAAGUCGCCAGGGGUGACCCUGCGGCCAGAUGUAUAUGGGGACAGAGGCCUAGACAUCUCCUACAAUGUUUCCGACAACAGUUCCUGGGCGGGCCUCGUGCACAUGCUCCACAGCUUCCUGGCAGGCUACACCCCGGUGGCCCAGAGGGGCAGCAUCAACUGCUCCUCCGAGAAGUACUUCUUCCAGGAGAGCUUUGGGGGCCCAAAUCACACCAAGUUCUCCUGCAAGUUCACAGCAGACAUGCUGCAAAACUGCUCAGGCCUGACAGACCCCAGCUUUGGCUUCGAGGAGGGAAAACCAUGUUUUAUCAUCAAAAUGAACAGGAUUGUCAAGUUCCUGCCCAGCAACAGCACGGCGCCCCGUGUGGACUGCGCCUUCCUGGAUGAGCCGCACCAGGCCCACAGGACCCUGCAGGUGGAAUACUACCCCCCCAACGGCACCUUCAGCCUACACUACUUCCCCUACUAUGGGAAGAAAGCACAGCCCCACUACAGCAACCCUCUGGUGGCAGCAAAGCUUCUCAACGUCCCUUGGAACGUGGACGUCGUCAUCGUGUGCAGGAUCCUCGCCGACCAUGUCACCUUCGACAACCCCCACGACCCCUACGAAGGGAAAGUGGAGUUCAAGCUCAGGAUGCAGAAGUAAUGGCCGGGGAAGGGGACCCAACUGCGACUGCCAGCCUGUCCCUCCUGCUCGGCCCUGCCCUCCAGGGGCCCACCCAUCACCUUACAAGUGUGGCAUCGCCAAGAGGCACUGGGGUCCAGCUCUUACCACGGCAUCAGCCACUCCCUAUCUAGUCCACCUUCUCCCUUUUUCCUUUUGA